GUAAUUAAGGGGUCCAACUCCCACUGAUCCAAUACCUGGAGGACCCCAGGUAAUUCACGAGCUUAAGGGGGAAUGCCCUUAUCUCUGUGCCCUCAACCGUUCUCCCGCAAGCCGCGCCUUCACCAGGAAUAACGCGCGAAAAAAACAAUCUCGCCCCCCACUUGUCAUUCACGCGCGAAGAAGCGAUACCACUGCCGCCAAAAACAAAUCAGGCGCAUGCGAUUUCUUUUUCGGCUGCAGAUGUUACUUUGAUUCCCUUUGUUAGGAUUCUCUUCUCUCUUCCAUCACCAUAGCAGUAUAGUUGGUCAGAUCGUUUUCUUUUUCCCCCAUAGAUCGAUCAAAAGAUAGCAGCUAGGGUGAGGUGAAAAGGCUGCGAUCUGCAGCAGAAAACUAGAAGAGCACUGAGAAUGGAGGGGGAUUUUAUCAGUGCCAAAAUGCAUCAUGGGGGUUCUUUCUCAAAGGAAGGUGAACUUUGUUAUGUUGGAGGUGAAGUCUCAAUUUUUCGCAAAUGUGACAGUGAAAGGAUGUCAUACUUUUGUCUAGUAGACAUGGCUAAAGAUGUAGGUUUCAUGGCUGGAGAUGAAUUAUUCUAUAAAAUCCCUGGUUAUAAUCUUGAAAACGGAAUCGACAAACUUCAUGAUGAUCAUUCUGUUCGUAAAAUGUUGAAUCUUACAACAAAAAGCAAGUCGGCGGAACUUUAUGUUAAUCAUCUUGAACAAGGUGUAAAUGCUACUCCAAGAUUUGCACAGAAUGUUGAAGAUAAGCAUGUGGAGGAGAGUAAGAAGUCAAAAGAGAGCAAAUUGACAGCUAAAAAGAUUGACAAGAGAACUUGUACAGCUGAGGAGGAAAAAUUGUUGAUCGAUAUUCUUUAUGAUAUGAAUGAUUCUUCUUGGAAGGUAGACACAUGCCACAAGUCUGGCUACCUCACUUUCAUUGGAAAGGAGAUGGCAAAAAGCAUUGCCACAUGCUGAUCUGAAAGCUGAUCCACACAUUAAAUCAAAAGUCAAAAUACUAAAAAAGCAACUUUCAUAUAUCUUAGAAAUCCAACAGAAUGGCAGUGGUUUUGGAUGGGAUGAUGAUAACAAGAUGGUUAUUGGAGAUAGAGAAAUAUACAUGGGUUGGGCAAAGUCUCGUGAAGGAGCUGGCCCUUUGUACAUGAAGCCAUUGCUUCAUUUUGAUAAGUUGUGUGAAAUUUAUGCUAGUGAUUUGGUUAAAGGAGUGAAUGCUAAAGGUCCUGGAGAGCAGCAAGCAACAGAGGAUUAUUCUGUUGUGGAUGAAGAUGAUCAUAUUUGUCAUCCUAUUGAUAAAACCACAGCUCAAGCACCUGUUACUGAAAACCCAACUGCCCCAGGAGGAAGUAAGAGGGUUUUUGCUGAUACUGAUACUCUUGAGACAAGCCUUUGCAAUGUGUCCAAUUCAUUUGCAAAGUUCCUGGAUGCAGAAAAGGAGAAUGGGAUCACCUUCAAUAGCAUGCAAAUGGCAAUGAUGAAUAGAUCUGAAGCCCAUGAGGAUAAUAAAAAAACCAAGCUCUUUGAUGCUAUCAAGAAGUUGCCAAACUUUUCUAUUGAAGAGGCUGUCAUGGCUGUUCGUAUCCUUGGUAGAGAUGCUGGGAAUAUUGAUCUUUUCUUAGCAAUGUCUCUUGACUACCAGGUGGUAUUUGUUCGCCAGGAGCUCGCUGAGGCGGCAAAAAAAAGUUAAAUGCAUAUAUAUGGGCUUCAACUUGAGAACUACAGUUAGUUUUUUUAUUCAAGAUUGAUAGCAUAUAUUUUGAUUUGUAAUUCAAAUCUUAUUUCGCUAUUUUAAAAAUUAUUUGGUUGCCUAUUUAAAUGCAUGGUUGAGUUACUUCUGGUAAUGACAGGGCACCAUUUGGUGCAACCCUGUCAUGUUAGAUUGUAGUAAUAUUGAUUUUAUUGUCCCAAAAAAAA